GGUGUUAGAAAGUGUGUUACCGACGGGGGUCAUCAGCUUAGGAGGCGAGGGUCAGGUGUUUAUCGAGUGAAACAUCAUCGCACUUCAAACAUGAGUGAUGCAGAACACGAGGACGAGGAGAAAGAGCUGGUUCUAUGCACAAGGGACAAAGACAAAACUCAUGAUCUAGUUGUCAUAGUACUUCGUAGUUACUAUCCUGAGCUAAACAAUGAUCUUGAGUUAGAGGAACUGACCCAAACAGCCCCAGAACAGUCAGUACAGUUGUUGGCAAAGAGAGGCAAAAAGUUUGUGGUACUGGGACCGGUAGGGUGGUGGUUGUAUGUCAGAAAGUUUGGCGAGGAUGACACUGGUUAUAUACCAAGUACACAUGUUGCACCGAUCACUGAUGACUUGAGUUGCGAUGAUGAAUUAGAAUUGAAUCGAGGUGGCCAGUUAUCCCCAGAGAUGGUUAAUCAUAAUGUUGACCUAAAGUUCUUUCCGCUUGCUCCUGUUGAGAAAGACCUGCUAAACAGGGAUCCCUCUCCAGAAGAUUCUGCCAACAUCUUUUCCAAACUGACAUUUUGGUGGUUGAACUGGCUGAUACGUGUUGGUCAUAAGAGACCUCUAGAAGACAAAGACCUUUGGGCAUUACCAAAAUCCAUGAAAUCAUCUCAGCUUGUACCUAMACUUGAAAGUCGUUGGCAUAAGGAACUACAAAGAUUUUCCUGCAAAAACUGUGAACGYCAUAAAUGCCUUUGCAAAAACUCCCAAAUAAGUGAAGUACAAGAAACUUGUAAAAAGGAGGAAGCUAAACCAGCCAAUGAUUCUGUGGAAAGCCCUGAAGCAGAUGAGCAAGAUGUAGCUGAUCAAGAAAAKGUUGAAUUUGUUCCAAAGAAAAAUGAAAAAGUAGACAAAAAAGAAAAGAAUUUACCUCAACCUUCAUUGAUCAAAGUGAUGUUCUUGAUGUUUUGGAAGCAGUUUCUUUUGGGAGGAUUUCUAAAACUUCUUCAAGAUAUGCUGCAAUUUGUGCAGCCAAUUGUACUAGGGAUGCUCAUGAAAUACAUUGAAGGAAAUGACUCGGGGGAAGUUUGGAGAGGAUAUGUGUUUGCUGUGGUAAUGUUCAGUGCUGCAGUAGUACAGUCAUUGCUUAUUCAACAAUAUUUCCAUGUCAUGUUAACCAUUGGUGCAAAACUCAAGACAGCUGUUACUGGCAUGGUUUACACCAAAGCAUUAAAGCUCAAUAAUGCAUCUCGUGGGACUUCUACUGCUGGUGAUAUGGUCAAUCUUAUGUCUGUAGAUGCUCAAAGGGUGAACGAUGUGUGUUCUUACAUUCAAGUCUUGUGGUCAGCACCACUUCAGAUCAUCAUAUCUUUGUAUUUACUGUAUGACACAAUGGGUGUGGCUACUUUAGCUGGUGUAGUAGUCAUGGUUCUUUUGAUUCCUUUGAACUUCUAUGUUGGUAAAGCCGCAAGGUCAUURCAGGUGAAACAAAUGGCUGAGAAAGAUUUGCGUAUCAGAAUCAUGAACGAAAUUCURAAUGGAAUAAAGGUUUUAAAGCUGUAUGCCUGGGARGAGUCAUUCCUUGCCAAGGUGUCAGGCAUCAGAACRCAGGAGUUGAAGCAUCUCAAGAAGGCAAAGCACCUUAAUGCAGCAUUCUCAUUCACGUUCACUUGUGCACCAUUCCUGGUUUCUCUGGCAACCUUUGCUAUUUUUGUCCUGACUGGUAAUGAACUGACAGCACAAAAAGCUUUUGUUGCUUUAUCCAUAUUCAACAUUCUUCGUUUUCCUCUGACAAUCCUUCCUAAUGUAAUAGCAAGCCUUGUGCAGGCAUUGGUUUCUGUGAAAAGACUGUCUAACUAUUUGUGCCUAGAUGAACUAAAGCCAGAAAAUGUUCAAAGGACCAUGCCAUUAAACUAUGCAAACCAGUCAAUACAUGUUGAAAAUGCUAGUUUUGUAUGGAAUUAUGGAGACAAUGCAACAUUGACCAAUAUCAACCUAAACAUUCCUACAGGCUCGCUAGUAGCAGUUGUAGGACAAGUCGGUUGUGGAAAAUCUACUCUUUUGUCAGCUUUACUGGGUGAGACAGAGAAGUUGRGCGGGGAGGUUUACGUACAGGGUUCAGUUGCCUACGUGCCUCAGCAAGCUUGGAUCCAAAACGCAACUUUACGUGAUAACAUAAUCUUUGGACGAAACUUUGAAUCAAAGCGUUAUCACAAAACUGUCAAGGCUAGUGCCCUUGAGACUGACUUUGAUAUCCUGCCCGGAGGAGAUAUGACUGAAAUAGGGGAAAGGGGAAUCAAUCUUAGCGGUGGUCAGAAACAGCGUGUUAACUUAGCAAGAGCUGUGUAUUUUAAUGCUGAUGUGUAUUUACUGGAUGAUCCAUUGAGUGCUGUCGACUCACAUGUUGGUAAACAUAUCUUUGAUAAAGUCAUUGGUCCAAGAGGAAAGCUACGGCAUAAGACUCGAGUUUUAGUGACUCAUGCUGUAAGUUUUCUUCCACAAGUCGACCAAAUUGUGGUCCUCCAAAAUGGCCGGAUUUCUGAGAUYGGUACUUAUGAAGAACUCCAAGCUAAUGAAGGCGCGUUUGCCGAGUUCCUGAAGACAUUUGCCGCUGAGGAAAAAGAUGAUGUGACCGACGUUAACCAAACAAUUCAGGAACUUCCCGARGAAGAGGAGAGAGAAGAAAACGAGGAAAACGAAGGCGAGGUUGACAUUCUUGCUGAACUACGUCGACAAACAAGUUCGGAAGACGAGAUGGAUGCACCKUUUGAACCUCCWACCAUCAUGCCUCAUCGACCUGUGCUGCAAAGRCGGRGCAGUGUCAURACSAUGGGAACAACUAUCACUUGCGAUACGGCCGACACUGAUGGAAUGACUAUCGUUGAGGAAGAAAGAGAAAUAGAUACCAUGAUAUUUGAAGAGAGGGCGGCGAAAGGAAGUGUGAAGUUUAGUGUAUUUUGGACGUAUGCUAAGUCAAUAGGGGUUGUCAUAUCCUUUGUUUGGCUUUUCUUUAUGGUCGCCUCUGAGGGAUGUCUGGUAGGUUCACGAGUAUGGCUUGCCAUGUGGAGCUCAGACCCCGACACGUCAACUAGCACACGUGACCUUUACUUAGGAGUGUAUGGUGCUCUUGGUUUUGGUCAAGCUAUGUUGGUUCUUYUGUCAGCUAUCUGUCUAGCAUUUGGUUCUAUCAGGGCRUCCASRUACCUCCAUGACACGCUACUUAUCAACAUUCUUCAUUCUCCUAUGUCGUUUUUCGAGACAACGCCGAUUGGUCGAGUGGUGAAUAGGUUUUCAAAAGAUCUCUAUACCAUCGAUGAUGCAGUGCCUCGUUCUUUGGGAGGAUUUUUGAGGAUGUUGCUUAGCGUGUCGGGGACCUUGUUUGCAAUCAGUUAUGCCACGCCACUUUUUUUGGCAGUGAUUGUACCUUUGGCUGUGUUAUAUGUUUUCAUUCAGCGUUGGUUUGUAGCAUCGUCACGUCAGCUGAGACGGAUUGAGUCAGUAAGUCGUUCCCCUGUUUACAACUAUUUCUAUGAGUCAGUCAACGGGACAUCGACGAUCCGGGCCUACCAUCAACAACUGCGAUUCACUCGAGGAAGCUUUUACAAAGUGGACGAGAAUCAGUUGGCAUUUUACCCAAUGAUCUGUGCAAACAGGUGGCUUGCUGUUCGCUUGGAGUUKCUUGGAAAUCUUAUCAUUCUAUUUGCUGCAUUGUUUGCUGUCAUUGGUAAAGACAAUAUUGAAAGUAGUCUGGUUGGAAUGUCAAUCACAUACGCAUUACAGAUCACUACAGCUCUCAAUAUGAUGGUGCGCAUGUCAAGUGAACUGGAAACUAACAUACCUUUAAGAUCUUUGCAUAAUCAAACUAUGUCCUCAAGUGAGGAAGUGGUAGAGGGUUAUGGUGAUCUGAACAAUAACUCGGUUUUGGAUGCUUGAGCUAUCAUGUACCUUUUAUUAUCUGUUACAUGCCCACUGAUCAUAGAUGUAUUCUUAUUUAAUCAUCAUUAGUUUUAGACAAUAUUUCAUAUAUCUACAAUAAAUACUUAUCUUAUAUUA